GCCACCUCCUUCUUGCGAGUGCUCUUUAUUGUUCUUUUGUUCUUCUAUCUGCUCUUCCGUUGAUUGCGUCACUCAUUUCGUCCAUCCAAUCUCAUCUGUUCACACGCCGCACUGUGGGCGUUUGCUGUAGCUAAACCUUCAAUCACGAGUGAAAUGGCUACAAAAGCAGCUUACAAAAGGCUCACUCGCGAGUAUCAAAACAUCCAGAAAAAUCCCCCACCCUUCAUUAUCGCUCACCCGUCAGAGUCCAACAUACUUGAGUGGCAUUAUAUCCUCACUGGGCCCCCUGGGACCCCAUACGAGAAUGGACAAUACUGGGGCACAUUGAUGUUCCCCCCCGAAUAUCCAUUUGCCCCUCCUGCUAUCCGCAUGCACACUCCAAGCGGUCGAUUCCAGCCGUCCUCCCGACUCUGUCUAAGCAUCAGCGAUUUUCACCCAAAGUCAUUCAAUCCGGCGUGGGAAGUUUCUACAAUCCUCAUCGGCCUACUUUCCUUUAUGACUAGCGAGGAAAUGACUACUGGGAGCGUGAGCGCAACGGAAGCGGAAAGGCGUGUUCUCGCUGCGCGCUCUAGAUGGUGGAACUCUACGGGCGGAGGCACCCACAUCAGCGCGACUCCCGGGGUGACGCCCACCUCGAGAGGUAUCAACAAUGUCAAAGCCGGUGACGGAGGCUUAAAGUUUCGCACUGAAUGGCCAGAAUUGGACCAAGAGAACUGGAAGUGGCUGAGAGAGAACCGUAUUGACACUGCAACCGGGCAAUUAAGACCCGAUCCGAAUGCCUCUUCGAGCAAGUGUUCUCCGGAAACUAGUGCGCUGCGCAGACGUCCGAACGGUAGUGCGCCGGGCAUUGGGGCUGUAAUGGAUGGUGGUAACGCUGCCCGAGAAGUCGGUCAGACUUGGCUUCAACGUAACAAGAUCUGGGUCGGUCUCGGACUCCUAUUUGGGUAUGCGCUUAUUGCAAGGCUUGUCCAAGAUGUUCAGGGUUAACCUGAACGUUGAUCGCUUUUCUUGUCUUGUCAUUAUAGUUUGCGGGGCGUCGUCUCGCCACUUUUUCGCUCAGCGCGGUUUGCUCUCUUAUGUUCUAUACCGUUGGGAUGGAUUUUAUUGGGCUGUAUUAGCUGCGGACAGGCGUACAGAGAGGGAACGGCGUUCUACUGACAUUUUAGCCGACUCGGGCAUGGCAUUUCUUAGAAUGUAUAGUUGGUAGUAGCACUUUGUAAUCUGUGGAGGCAACCAAUCGCAAGUCCCUAUUAAAUUA